AUGGACACCGAAACCAAUGUACCGGUCCACAGACCACAGGCGGACGUGCAGCUCACAGUGACACCGGAUGCUGGGGUGCAUGGUGUGGGGAGGGAGGAGGCUGGGGUUGAGAUUUGGGAGGCCUGA